GUCAAAAAAAGUUUUUAUCUGGUUUCCUCCACUCCCUUCUCUCCUGGCAUUAGUAAGGCUUGGAACAAUAACAGGAUGCAGGAUGGGAAAAAGGCGGACACCCAGCUGGGAAACCUUGGAGACUGUAAAGCUGAACACUCCCUGUAUUGCUUAAUGCAGUGGAAUAACGGAUUUCACUUAGUUCUUUAUAUUCAUUCUACUUUAUCCAGUUGAGGCUUGGAGGCUGAUUACGCAUUCUCCCUGAUUUGGAAUAAAGCCCAGCCCAGGUAAGAAACUUGGUCUUUGGGGAGUGAGGAAAGAGAGAAUUGUUCUUGGGAUUUUUAAAUCUGCUACUUAAAAGCAGCUUUGUCAAAGUUUGGUGGACUAAGGUUCCCUUUAAAACAUUGUGGUGGAACUUUGGCCCUCCAGAUGUUGCUGAAGUACAACUCUCAUUGGACCCAACACGCAUGGCCAAUGGCCAAGGAUGGGGAGAACUGUCGUUCGUCAACAUCCAGAGGAUCAAAGGUUCCCCACACCUGCUUUAAAGUGUCCAAUAGUCCAGGAUGUACUUUUACAACAAGCUAGCUUUCUUGAUCCUGCCAUUGUACACAAACUGCGUUGCUGGGGAGAACUACCUGGAGUUGCCAUAACAAUCUCAGAUGGCAAAGUGGAGGAUUUGUGUUUUUGAGAAAGGAUGUUCAGGUCAGGUCACCAAGAACCCAAGCCGCUGCCGAUAAAAGUUUAACAAGGAAAUUGAGGGGUGGGAGAGAGAAAGACGUUCAGUUAUCCAAUGUGUACCUGGAGAGCCUUAAUGCAAACGUUUCUGUUUGAGAGACAGGAAAGCUUUCCCCAAAGAAUGCUAGGAGCCAUAGUUUGCUAAGCAUGCUGGGAAUUGUUUUGUGAGGGGAUUAGCUGUCUCCUCACAAACCUCAGCAGCCAGGGAACUGCAGGUGGUAUAAGCAUGCUUCAAAUGUAUCCUGUGUGUGUGGCCUUAGAACUACUAUAUGCCUUAAAUUUUGUCAUGUGGAUCGGCACCAUGUAGCUGAUUUAUGUUAAAUGAAAUAGCCUGAGUUAGACUGGGCCCAUAAUAUAAAGAAUGGGGGGUGGUGAGUGGACUGGGACCACAGCAGCAACAAACCACCCUUCCCUCAUAUCAUGGUCCUGAUCCAGCUCAGGAGAAACAAUACCAGCUAUUUAUUUAACAAAAAUCAUCCACAUAACACCAAACCAUGUGUAGUAUUCAAUUAAGGUUUACUCAAAGUAAGCCUAUUGUAAUUGAUGGGCCAAACCUAGUCAUGUCUGUUCAUUUCACUGGGUCUGCUAUGAGUAAAACAUAUUUUUGUACCACUCUAUGUAAAAAACAUAAUGUAUACGUUGACAUUUGUCUACUGUAAAAGUGUCAGAUUUUCUUUCUAACAAAUACUCUGCUAAUAUGUGAAAACACGGGCUGUAGCUUAUUGCUGAACAUAUGUAGAUGAAUCAGAAAUAAGACUUACAGAGUCAGAUACAUAUGUGUAUAUAUUGGCUGUUCUAUCAAAAAUUGAUAAAAAGACCUUGAAAGCUUGCUUUGAUAUCUUACUGGUUUGGGACAAUAAACUGAGGCACAAGCCAGACAAGAUGGAAUUGCUCUUAACAGAUGUUUCAUCUGCCCAAGUGAGUGCUGUUCAGCCUCUUCUGGUGCGGGCUGCACUCUCCCUAAAACAGGGGUGUUGAACUGAGUCUGGCUAGUAAACCAGACCUUGACCUCUCGCAAGCCUUGUUGGUCACUUUGAAAGGUGGGCAGGGUUGUCAAACUUGUCAGUCACUUGACAUCACCACGAUGCCAGGUGAAACUUUUUAAACUUGUUUUCAUUUGAAAUCAAGUCAAAAGGGCAAAGUCUCAGGGGGUUUCAGGUUCUGCCAAGCAGCUGAUGCGUGACACCUGCAAGCCCUGCUUUAAUCCAUCAGGGAGUCAUGUCUUUACCUGCCUCAUAUCUGACAAAAUAUAUGAUGUCAGGAUAGGUAGGCAUAGCUUGGGGAAAAUGGUCUUUAGAAAGCUUACUUAGACUUGCAGGACAGAGGUGCCCAGCCACCACACUUAAGGUUCAGAAAGGAUAGGGAAGAGAUUUGGUUCAGACUUCCUGAAAUAUGAGAAUGAAAAAUACAGCUAGUCUUCAACAUCAGUUCUUCUCCAGAAUUUUGCAAUGUAGUUUUCCUAUCCCUAGAAAAUAUGUACAAAGAUGCAUAUAAUAGAAGAACACAUAUAUAUGUUAUAAUAAUAUUCAAAAAUGCACUGUAUUAGGGGAAAUUGCACAAAAAUGUGAAUAUUAGACAAAACAGCCUACAAAAUAUGUGUGUGUUAGGAUGUUAGUAUAAUGCCUUAUAGAGCUGUUGUAAUGACAACUGAGAAAAUGCAUAAAAAAUACUUAGAGCACUGCAAAGAGCUAUGCAGUCUUUUCUCUAUUGUUAAAUACAUAUAUUUUAAAAACUGAUAUAUGUUUGGAGAAAAGGGUUCUGAUUUGUUUUUAGUUCUCAGAUGAGCAAUUCACUUUGUCAGGUUUUGGGAAAUGAGAACACACAUCAGCCCGGAAUAACUGGUUAGUUUCACGUAUGCAAAGUCCCAAGCUGUUUUAGGCUUCAAACAUUCAUGUGAAGAUUAUAGCAAAAACUGUACAGAUUCAAGUAUGAAGCUUAAUUUAUGUAGGAGCAGGAAGAUGCAUGUAUGCAUUGAAUAGGGUUGCCAGAUGUUCAGACCCCAAGAUGCAAAGAGGCAAAGAGCUUGUGAGCAAAGUGGUAGAACCUGGCAGAUCAAAGGGGGCCCUUGUGGAAUGGGGCAAAGUGGGGGUUCUGUGGGGGCAAAUAACUGCAUGUGGAAGGUCAAGGCAAGAUCUUCACCAUGCCCCAUGUCAUGAGGGUGGAGCCUGAUGGGGUUGGAGGAAGAGGGAAAAGCAAAUGGCAAACAUUCUCAAACUUGGCAGAAAAUAGCAGUCUUGACUCAGAACCUUCACCCUGAGAUUUUACUCCAUUCCCUGGAGAGCCCAAAGGUCAGACUACACACUCUGGUCCCUUCCAGAUGACCUGUUUAUUGACCCUCCACCCUGAUUUGUUUGCAGAGAGAUCAUUGGCUACUUAAUGAGCAUUUGCGCUCAUUUGUUUACCAUUUGUUCACCAUAGUGUCAGAGCAAGUGUUAUCCCACACUUUCUGAGGCGUUUUCCUAUAACUUUCCUUAUGACAAAAAGUUUAUGGGGGGGUUGUGGGGGCUGUUUCACAAGAGCUGCCAAUCAGUUUUAAUUGCACAAUUUGAAUUAGCUGGUACGUGAUCAAAAGCCACCCCAAAGGAGUGAUGGCAUGGAAAUGCCUUGUGUGUCAAGAAACUGAGACCUGGAUUCAAAUCCUCACGCAGCCAUGAAGCUCCUGGGUGACCUUGAACUGGUCAUCCUAUCUCUCUCUCAGUCAGGUUUGUCCUGAGGAUAAAGCGCAGAAGACCUUGUACACCACCUUGAGCUCUUUGGAGGAAAGUUGGGGUUCCAUAAAUAAAAUAACAGAAGAGAUCAAGGGGUAAACUUUCACUUAAACAGUUAACAGUUUGCAAAGAGCUUUGCCAAGCUGAAUAGACUUGCCUCAUAUCCUGCUUUUGUUGAAGCAAAAUGGAGUAAUUGAAAACAGGAUAUAUGUAAAGGGAUUUGUAUAGUCUUUUUAACCUUUGGAGGCAUUUUUGAUGGAUUGCCUUUGCCAAGUUGAAUUGUAUGAACAUCAGAUACUAUUUAAAGAGAAAUCCCUCUCUUUCUUCUCUUCUCAAGAAAGCAGAAAUCACAUGGCUUCCUAGCAUAGUGGUAAUUGGCAUUUGAGUGCCCUUCUUCAACAACAGAGGGAGGAGAUGUUAUUUGGGUGUUUGUUUGCAUUUGUUAAUUUAUGCUAGAUGGGGGGAAAGCAGAAGCAGGUUGACUUUCUUGCAGAACAACAAACUUGACUGCAAAGUGCAGGAAAAUCUACAAACAUUCCCCUUCCUUUUAGGGUACCCACAUGUUCUACUUCAGUUGUCUAUUUGAAAGAGUUGCCUGUUUGAAUUGCUCAAAGUCCAGUCCAGCACCAGUUUAAAGAAGGGAGAGUAAGUUGCUAAGUUGCUCACCAACAAUUAGCACCUGGAUAGCAAACAGGGGUCACCUGACCACAGACUUCCACACUGUGGCAAGAGGUAUUCAUAAAUGACUUGAUGGGUGGGGCAGAGCUGCUAUGGCAGCUUUCCAGCAUGUGGGUGGCUUGUGCCUCCCAGGAGAAGGAGGGGUGAGGUGAUGGGGAGUAGGGCGUUGUGCAAGCGCACCAGCAGGAGUGCCAGAUUGCAUUUUACACCAUGCUGGCCUCUCCACCCACUCAGUAAGCAACAGUAACCCACCUGCUGGGAAGCUAACAUAGAGGCUCUGCCUCAUCUAGUGAGCAGCUUUUGGAGGCACUGUUUUGAAUGACAGUAAUUAUUUUUUCCAUUUCUAACUCUCCAUAUGCAUUGGCAUAUGCAAAUUGUAUGUAGACCUGUAUACUAUUUUGUCCUCUUUUUUUGAUGGUGCAUAAGUAGCCAUCCUUGAGUGAUAGCGGUGAUAGCGGUGGGGGGUAGGUUCUUAAAAUGCAAUCGAUUUGGCUGGGUGUACAUGAAUAAUGGGUGUGAACCACACACACACACACACACACACACACACAUAUUCCUUUUCAAGCUAGGCAUAGUCUGAAAAAACAUGAAAUAGCUGAACCUAAGCAAGUUUGAAUUUGGUUAGUACCUGGAUGUACGACUGCUUGUUAUGUGUCCUGAGUUUGCUGCCUUGAGUUCCCUAAUGAACAAACUGCACAAACCAUUGCAACCAAAACAGAUAACCAUGGUCAGAUUUUGGAACAAGCAUUCAUGCUUUAGUAACCCCCAAAAUGGACUUCUUCCAUUCACUCUACAUGAAGCAGUCCUCUCUAAGCAUCCCAGAAACUUCACUUGGAAUAAAAUGCCACAUCAGACUUCUCACUGGGUGGAGUAUUUCACUCCAGUAUCACUCAACCUGUCUUUGCUACAUAAGCACAUAAAGCAUAAGAAAAGGGAGCAUGUGGUCCUCCAGAAGUUGUUGGCCUGUGGUCAAGGAUUAGGGGGAUUGUAAUCAAGCAAUCUCCAGGGGACCACAGGUUCCCCACCCCGGAAAGAAGAACAGCCCUGCUGGAUCAGACCCAGGCCUAUCUAGUCCAGCAUUCUGUUCUCACAGUAGUUCACCAGAUGCAUACAGGAAGAUAACUUCUGAGAAGGAGUAGGAACCCCAUCAAAGAAAAAAGGAGGGCGUAUCCAGCAUCCCCCCCCCCAUUUUCUGACUUCUUCUAUGCUUAUCUGUACACAAACAGAGAAAUGUGAAAGCCUCCUUAUCAUUUGCUGGCUAAAGGAAGUUCCACCAGUUACCCUGGUGCUCCACGGGAGAUCAUCAGUGCUCCUAAGAAACUAUCUUAUAUUGAGUUGAAGCAUCUAGCUCAGUAUUGACUACCGGCAGUGCUCUCAAGGGAGCGCCCCCAACCCUGCUUAGAGAUGCUGGGGAUUGAAUUUGGGGCCUUCUGCACCCGGAGCAAAUGCUAUACCACUGAAAAUGAGAUCUUCCCACUUUUUUCCUGUUGGGGUUGGGGGGAAUCCUAGAGCUAUGAUCUCCUGCAAUCUGACCUGCCCUCCUCAUACACCACUGCCUGCUAGAUUAGACCAGAGGCCUAUCUAGUCCAGCAUUCUGCUCUCAUAACCACCAAUGGGAAGCUGGCAAGCAGGACAUAAGAACAUCAGGAGAGCCCUGCUGGAUGAAUCUGCCAGUUUUGGUUCUCUUAGCUCUUAGUUCUCACAUGAAAAUUUUCCAUCAUUUUAGUGCAUGAUAAACUCAUGCUGGUAUGUAGAUUUCACUAAUAUGCAUGUUUCUACUAGCAGUUUCCCCUUAAUUUCAUGCAUUUUGCACGUUAUUAUUUCUAUUUCCCCUAAUAUAUUCAUUUUUGUACACGUCAUUUGGCUCAAGAAACACACCACAAAAUUCAGAGGGUGAAUUUUGAAGGAUCCCUGCAUUUCAGUUCACAUAUUGUUUUGAAAAAUGUGAAUUUAGUUGUUGUUGUUGUUGUUUAGUCAUUUAGUCGUGUCCGACUCUUCGUGACCCCAUGGACCAGAGCGCGCCAGGCACUUCUGUCUUCAAUUUAGUAGCUUCUCGCUAAAAUUAGAACAAACCUGAAUUCCCUGCCCGAUCCCUACCCAAGCUACAUUAAUCCAUUGUCUUUGUCUUGCCAGGGAUAGAAUAGCGUGACCUUUAGGUCUCCCAUAGUAUCCAUUGAAAUCACUGGAGUUUCCAUUCUUCUGCCAUCUGCAGGAAGCCAGCCAUCUGGCCAUCCUCUGCCCAUUCCUCACUUCCCAGUCAGCUCACGGAAACCUUCUGACAGCACAGAGCUGGAACUGAACACGUCUGCAGAAUCAGGGUCACGGUUUCUCAUUCUUCAAAUUUUAAACUCAGUUCUCCACAGUUCUCCAGCAAUUUGAGAGUUAUUGUUAUUUUUUAAUCCUCAUGAAAACUCACCAGUAGUUUGGUGCGUAUUUCUCCUAAUAAACACAUUUUUGUAUGCAGUUUCCCUAGUGUACUCAUCUUUGCAAGCAAAUUCCUCUAAUGUAAUGCAUUUUUUGUGUUAUCUUCAUGGAUAUCUUCAUUUUUAUGCAUGCUUCCCCCUAAUAUAUGCAGUUUCAUAAACAUUGGUUGGUUGGACAAGUGUAUCACAAAAUUCAGGUAAAUGCAAAUUUUGAAGGAUGACUACAUUUCAGUCCUUGUAUUGUUUCAGAAAGUGUGGAUAUGAUAAAUUCACCUUUAAAUGUGAACUGAACCCAAUUUCUUCCCCAUCCCUACUCCUGAAGAACCUUCGUGAACGGUGAUAUGUGGUUGUUACAGACUAACCACUCCCUUUCAAAAGAUCGGUUUUGUAUAACUAUUUUACAAAGCCACUCCAGCUGUGAACUUUCUUCCUGGCACUCAGCACACUUUUUGCUGUGCUCAGAGCUCUUGGGUGCCAAAAAGAACUCAAAGUGGGUGGAGAUGCAAAACAAUGUGAUCUCAUGAACAGUAAGAGGCUUGCAAACUGUUGGCUGUUACCCUCUGCCACCUCUGUGCCAAACUGUAAAUGUUGUAUCUUUUUCUAGCUCGCUCUCAACAACAUCAUCCAGGCCAAGAAAUCCUAAUAAGCACAGGUUCUAUUAAGGAUCUGAAUGUGAAAAGCGUUUCCUGCUGAAAUAAGUAAAACUAAAAGCAACUGUGUGAUCAUAAAGUAAUUAAAGCUAUGAGGCCACUCAUAGCUAGUUUACAACAUAGUAUAGGCAUUUCCUUUGCUAGGUCAUAUUUAUGUACUCAUGAAGCAACAUGGGUACAACAGGGCCACACAUUUAGAUCCAUCCCUGAGAUCAUGCAACUCUUCCCAGUUUCAAACACAUGGAUAGGGUUGGGUGAAUCUGGACCUCAAAAACACAUUGAAGAUUUAACAUUAAAAAAUACUUUCCCCUGUUCUAUCUGUUAGCAAAUCAUUUAAUUAACACAAAGUCCAGAGAGAAAAUACCUGAUAUCAUUUUACUGAGCAAAACUGAACAAAAAUAGUAGAAUUUGAGGAGGAAGGAACAGAGAGGUUUUGUCUUUCUUUCUUCAGGCCUUGCAGAGAAAUUUAAUUCAGUUCACAUUAUAAGCAGAAUUUAUCACAUUUGCACUUUCCUAAAUACUAUGAAAAGUGAAACAUAGCCUUCCAUUGAAAUUUGCACUUAUUCAAACUUUGUAAUGCAAUUUUCCAACCAACCAGUGUUUACAAAAAUGUAUAUAUUAGGUAAAAGUAGGCAUAAAAAUGAGUAUGUUGAUGAAAAUUACAUACAUUACAUUUGGAAAACUUGCUUGCAAAAAUGUGUACAUUAUUCAAAACUGCAUACAAAAUGUAUUUAUUAGGAGAAAUUUGAACUAAAAUGCUUAAUAAUUUUUAUGAGGAUAUUUUAAAAGAAAAUGUGUAAAUUGCUGCAGAAAUGCAGAGAACCAAAUUUAAGGUUGGAAAAAUGAGAAACCAGGAGAAUCAAAACUGCCAAUUCCUUCCAUCUCAAUUCCUUAGGUUCAUGGUUCAAUGAAAACAUAAGAACCCUGUUUAAUUAGGCCAAAGGCUCCUCUAGCUCAGUAUCCUCUUCUUAUAGUGGCCCACCAGAACUUUGAUCAAGACAGUGUUCCAUUUUCAAAUUGUAAGCUCUGUUUUAUUUGGGGUGCAGGGGCAGAGAGCUAACCAAAAGGAAUCUAAGGUGCCUUGAACUUUUUUGACAUGUUGUGAUAAUUGCAAAACUGCUUAGUGCAGCAUUUUAUGGAAUGAACUAAGAUGACCAUUUCUGCUGUUGCUUCAAAGUCCAAAGGCACUAAUACUCAUCUGGUGGGUGUAAUUCUCUAGCAGAAGCAACAGGAUAAGGUAUCGCCAUUUCUCAUUUUUAAUGCCUUUAUUUCCUAUUUUGCCUGUUUUAAAACAGACCUUGCAUGAAUGUUGUAUGCCUGUAUCAGGAAUGACCCUUUUUGGUCAAAGGUAGAAAUAAUUACCUCUAGUAAUUUUUAAAUAACUAAAGGUUCCUUUAAUGCACACAGGGAACUAGAUGAUGUUUUCUUCGUAACUUUUGAUGGUCCAUAAUUAUGAGCUAAUCAGACAUGCCUGAUGUGGAAGCUGGAGAGAAAUAAUGUGGCAGUAAUAAGAACUCAGUAACUGGAGACUGAAAUCAAAAUAGUCACUGUUGUAACACUGGAAGGCGUGAUACAGAAUCUUCUUUCCAGGGUUGCCUCUAGACUUUCAUUAUUUUGCAAUGGAGCUUAGCUUUGAGCACUUAAAGUGGAGUGUUCAGUCAUCCUGGGGCAACAGUUCCACUUUUAAAAAAGGACUUUUGCAGUUAGGAAAGUGACAGAAAUGUGCUGAACAGUGGGUGAUGAACAAUUGAUUGUGCUACAGCCUGUAUAGUGAAUGUAGAGAGAGGCUGAUUCUCCCUCUAAUAAGAAUUCUUCAUGGAAGAUCUCCUGAAGAUCUCCUGUUUUGCUUAUGGGAUAUUUCCUCUAAAUCACUGAGAAGUUGCAAUAAAUAAAUAAAUUCUGACUUCAGUGAGGAUCAGGAGAAAUUUUCUGCUGGCUGCUUGAGAGAGAGGAAGAAGGAAAAAUGGAGACUGUAAAUGCAUCUGCUUUUAAUUGUUUUAACUAGUCAUAUGUUUCAUUUGUGCAUCUAAUUUUAUUGAUCUGUGACUGCUGUAAACAAUUCAUUCAGUUAAUGAGAAGACUGUAAGCACCAUGCAGGCAAAUCAGGAUGACUGCUCAUUGUCAUAUAACGUUGCAGCAAACAAAUCAUAAUGAGCGCUCAAUAAAGACCGGAUAUAGUACAACUUCUGUGUAAGCCUUGGGCAAGCAAAUCAGGAUGAAUGCUUGAUUAACAGAGUGCCUAAUGAAUCUCUGAUAAAGGUUGGAUAUGUCACUCUCUGUGGUAAAGGACCACAGAUCAAGGGCUUCUCAAUAGUCCACUUCUUUACUUGAGAUGUGGCUUCGUAUUCUCACCACCGACCAAGGUGGAAUGCUUCUAGAGAGAUGCAAGUGUCUGUGUGUAUUGUUUGGUUUCCUUGGAAUGAGGGACAGCAAAUACUGUGGUGUCUUUAGGAUAUAUGGUUUAUUUGCACAUAUUUACAGCCUGAGCAUACAAUGAAGGGGCUCACAGACCGGGUCCUCCCUUAAAAAGGGCACGUGUUGCGGUGAGACCUGGCAACCAAGCCCUGUGUUGUGGAUGGGUUUGACUGAAUAGCCACAACACCCAAUUGGUACGUCCCUUGAUGCUGGGUUUAAUCAGGCCAAUGGGAUGCAAGCUAAACGGAUCAAGGGACCUAUAUAUACCUAUGCAUGUGACCCAGAGCUUCCUCUUUCAGUGCAUGCAUCAGAACACCCGUCCACCUCUCCCUAUAUUUAGGACUGUGCGCUUGACCUUGUUAUGCCAUCGUGUGUUGUCUGUUGUUGGGAUAGGGGCACGGCAGGAAUUUUCCCCACUUGGCUGGUUGGAUGGUGCCAUUUGGGUUUCGCCUGCCACGUAGCAAAUCGUCACAACUUGUAAGGUUGUGGAUAGGCUCUGGUUCAGGUGAUAGGGAUGGGGGAACGCUCUCGCCAUCCCUAUGUGAAGGGUAUUCUGUUAAAGGAAUCCAGGGACUCAGUGGUUUGGUCAACCCUUUGAGGGCGUUGUACCUGUGCCUGAGUCCAGGGGGCAUUUGGGUGGUGGAGAUAGCCUGUUCCCAGCCUUCCGCUUAUCCAGGUGUUCACCCUAGGCUCACCUAUGCUGGGUCAGCACUACCUGCAAUGGUGCAGGGAGCUAGUCGAACCAGAGCCUAUGCAACCACUCACUUGCUGUAAUCAAUAAAGUUGUGGCCUAAAUUCUGCCAAAAAACCAAACCAAAAUUUGAGUCCUGUCUGAAUUUAUUUAAGGGGAAGGUUUAAAGGUCUCAACAUGCAACAUUAACACCCCAAGAAGUUCUUGCUUCUCCCAUAACCACAGCCUUGGAUCCCAGAAGAAAUCAGGCAUGACUCUGUCUCUCAGCUGCCCAACCUGCUUUUAGCCUCUAGCUUGCACACACCUAAGCUGGGACUUUUGUCUUUCUAACUACAAGCCAGCUGGGGGAGUGAGGUACCCAUUUCCCUUGUGUCAUAGAGACACUUCCUUUGCCAUCUUAAUGGCACAUACUUAGACCAUUACCUCACCAGGAAGCUGGCCUGCCUAUUUCAGCAAUUGAAUCCUUGUUGGAUCCAAGAAUUAGAAGGGACUCAGGCAUAUAGCCUAGCCACUCCCCACACAACACUAAUACAAUAAGGUAGUUGCUCAAGUUCAUAGUAAAACACAAUCAAGGCUAGUCAUUGUACUAACUCUAGCUUCUGAACCGCCUUCAAUGGCAACUUCUUGUAAAGCACAUGAUAAGAGUCAGUCCUUGAGAUCACCUGAUCAUGAAUGAAAGCACUACCAGAUCUCUGGCAUCGUGAAUGGAGAAGGGGACCGAAGAAAGUUGCAUGUAUAAAAGCUGACAGAAGACUUUGGUUGGGGGAGAGGAUACAGAUGAGGUGCAGAAGUGUAGUAAGAGUUUCUUUGCUCCUUGGCAUGGUGUUCCAGAAAAUUCACUUAACACAGCAAUUUCCUAGUCAGUUGAUGGCCUUCUGGAUACAUACAGUAUAUCCCAAAUGUCCUGUUAUAUGUUUAUUCUGAACCCUCAUACAUGCCCAGGUUGCAUAAGAACCCUAACAUACCCUUUUUGAUGCGAAACAGAGUGUUGUAUGUGGAGACAAAGGUGCAUUGUUCUAAAAGUGUGAGUGUUCCAACCCUUAUACCCAAAAAAAGAACUUUCCACAGCAAGAACUAACAAAAGAAUUAUUACAAGGAAAAGAGAGUAGGCGUACUACAGAGACAGUAAACCAUGUGAGAUAAACAUAGACAUAUACACCAUAGCAGCAUUUUACUGUAGCUACAUUCCUAGCACUCCCGCUUAAAGAUAAAAGACCUUAGGACCCUAAGAGGCAUAAGCAUAGAGAGAGAACAUGACGUGUGUUAUGGGACUCAUGAAAAAUAAGGAUAGAGGCAAGAUUAUACCUUAUCUAGGAGGCUCUGGACCAAAAGUCAGAAUGAAGAUUUCUAUAUCUGUGAGAAUUAAGCUCUCACCUCUGAAACCAUCACCUUGUCAGGCAAUAGGAGGGGUGGCUAACACCCCAGAGGACAGGAUCACACUUCAAAAUGACCUUGACAGAUUAGAGAACUGGCCAAAAACAAACAAGAUGAAUUUUAACAGGGAGAAAUGUAAAGUAUUGCACUUGGGCAAAAAAAAGGAGAGGCACAAAUACAAGAUGGGUGACACCUGGCUUGAGAGCAGUACAUGUGAAAAGGAUCUAGGAGUCUUGGUUGACCACAAACUGGACAUGAGCCAACAGUGUGACGCGGCAGCUAAAAAAAGCCAAUGCAAUUCUGGGCUGCAUCAAUAGGAGUAUAGCAUCUAGAUCAAGGGAAGUAAUAGUGCCACUGUAUUCUGCUCUGGUCAGACCUCACCUGGAGUACUGUGUCCAGUUCUGGGCACCACAGUUCAAGAAGGACACUGACAAACUGGAACGUGUCCAGAGGAGGGCAACCAAAAUGGUCAAAGGCCUGGAAACGAUGCCUUAUGAGGAACGGCUAAGGGAGCUGGGCAUGUUUAGCCUGGAGAAGAGGAGGUUAAGGGGUGAUAUGAUAGCCAUGUUCAAAUAUAUAAAAGGAUGUCACAUAGAGGAGGGAGAAAGGUUGUUUUCUGCUGCUCCAGAGAAGCGGACACGGAGCAAUGGAUCCAAACUACAAGAAAGAAGAUUCCACCUAAACAUUAGGAAGAACUUUCUGACAGUAAGAGCUGUUCGACAGUGGAAUUUGCUGCCAAGGAGUGUGGUGGAGUCUCCUUCUUUGGAGGUCUUUAAGCAGAGGCUUGACAACCAUAUGUCAGGAGUGCUCUGAUGGUGUUUCCUGCUUGGCAGGGGGUUGGACUCGAUGGCCCUUGUGGUCUUUUCCAACUCUAUGAUUCUAUGAUUCUAAUAGAGAUCUCGCCCUUUCCUUGGUCUGAUCUCCAGCAGAGUGCUAAAACUCAGAGGGGUGUGAAGUGGGGUGGAAAUUGUUAGAGCUUUAGGGUGCUGCCCUAACCUGUGCAAAACCUGUCCUUGAACAUGAUUUGGGGUCUCAUAUACUUGCAUGUAAAAUGGGAGGGAAAGUGCUGACUUGGAAAAGGGGACAGGAAAAGAUUCCUUACAACUAUAAAGUUUAAUGAUUGUUCCUCAAGAUUAUCAUGGCGUCUAUGGAGGUGAGCAGGGCAAAUUCAUACGUUCGGGCAAAACAAGCUUUAUCUUACUAUUUCUAAGUGUUAUCAAUUAAGCCUUAAAUGGAAUCGGUGUUUGUUUGAAAUCCAACUUACAAAUGCCUGAGGAAACUGAUUAGCAGGUUUUCCUGGUGGCGAAAUAGUUUAUCAGUAUAUGCUUCCUUGCAAUCAGUCAAAAAGCCUGAUGUUUCAUUCUACAUCACAAGCAGGGUAAGGGGGUCACUGAGAGGUUGAUACUUCAAUAUAACACAAGCAAGAUUGAUGCCCUGAUCCAUAAAAAUGAACCAAAGAAAAGUCAUAUCAAGUGUCCCUAAUUUCAGCCUAGUGAAAGUUAGAGACAGAAAGCAAGACAAAACACUAUUUAAGACACACACACCCUUAGUUAAAAUGCUUGGGAACUUCUGAAAAUAAGAACCUUCCAACAUUACAAAAUGUAUCCUUACAUUAAAAAAAACCCCAAAAACUGAAAGGACUCUUUCAAUGAAAAAAAACCCAUCAAACUCCUUUGUAAAUGCAAGCAGAAAAUUGGUUUCUUCCGGUAAUAGCAUUCUAUUUAUGUUAGGAGUUGCAAUAAAGCCCUUUGUCUAUAUAACAUAAAUGCAUUGCUCAUCCAGUCAUAGAUGCCUUGUGGUGAAGAAAAAAGCACAUAUAUCUGAAAGUGUCUUUAUUAUCUCUUUUAGCUGAGUAUCAUGAGGCUUCACUUACUGAAGUAAUAUUCACUCAUUAUCCAAAUCCUCUGUCAACAUUAGAUUGGUAGAUGAGAUUGUAACCAUGCAUAAAUGGAAACUAAUCAAGUGUGGUGCCUAUCAUAUGUAGAUUCAGGGCAUGAUCCACAACCUCAUUCUGUGUCCUUUAUAAUACCAGCAUACCUUUCCCAACCCUCACCCAUACAAGACUAUAGAAUAGUCUUUGUUUUGCUCAUCUCUGUAUAGGGAUGGAGGGGGAAAUUCAAUUCAGUUCACAAAUAAAGGCAAACUUACCUUGUUCACACUUUCUAAAAUAACACAUACUCUAAAAUACAGCCAUAUUUUGAAAUUUGCAUUUCUCCAAAUUUUGGAAUGCAGUUUCCAGCCAAAUAAUGUAAACAAAAAUGCAUAUGCUAUGGUAAAAUGUGUAUGGGAUGCAUAUAUUUGUGGGAAAUAAUAUACAAAGAUGCGUUAUGUUCAGGGAAAUAGCUCUGCAAAAAAUUGUAUAUCAGGAAAAAUUAUAGACAAACGUGUUUAUCAGGUGAAAUUUGCACUAAAAUACUGGUGAAUUUUCAUGAGGACAUUUAAAAGGAAAAAUUGCAAAAUGAUGUGGAAACAUGAGGAACUGAACUUGAGAAUAAGGCUAUCAAUUGUUACAAAUCCUGAUGGCCAUGUUCUACUUCCACUGUCAAAUCUCUGAAUACCAGUUGCUGGAAACCACAGGAGGGGAGAGCAGUGUUAAGUUCAUGUCCUGCUUGUGGGUUUCCCAUAGGCAUUGGGUUGGCCACCAAGAGAACAAGAUUCUGGACUAGAUGGGUCAUUGGGCUGCUGUCAGUGUGGUUCAUGAUAUGAUGAGUCCUGCCCUGAAUGAAACAGGUCUUUAAUUUGAUCCAGCAAGGACUCCCAGCUCAGUGGCAGAGCUCAUGUGUUUUUUGUGUGUGUUUGUUUUUUUAAAAGUCUUAGGUUCAGUUGUUCUAAUCUUCAGGCAGAGAUGGGAAACUCUGAAACCUUGGAAGGUUGCUAUCUGUCACUGUAGAUGAGAGUGGGGAACCUGAGGCCUGAGGACAGCAUGUGGCCCUCCAGGGUUCUCGGUGUGGCCCUUUGGAUUCUCCCCAGGCCAUAGCCCUCAUUUGUCCUGCUCCAUGCCCUCUGAGUAUUUUUGCCUGGCUGGAAAGUGUCCAUGGAUUGUGAUAACACAUCUCUAUUCAGGCAAGCAAGGGGGGGGGACUUUUGCAUGACUGGAAUGUACCCUACUGUACAAAGUUAGGAGUCCCAUCCAUUGCUUCGCCCACUUUUGCCCACCACUGGCAUGUGCCGCCCCAGAAGGCUGCCUAUGAGGAAAUGCAGUCAUUGGGCUGAGAAAUGUUCCCCACCUCCACUGCAGCCAAUAACAAUGUAGGUGGACCAGUAGCCUGAUUCAGGGCCCUUCCAGACUUUCUUUCUACUGCACAUUCAUGAUUAUUUUUACUAAUGACAUGAUCCUGUUUUUAAUACUAUUUGCACCUGCAAACCUUUAGGGACGAUCAGACUGAUUCACUUCAAAUCAGUGCAUAUCUGAUAACUUUCUACUGAGAUCCCGUAACUUUUUAUACCACAGAUAUGGGGGGGGAGGGGGUUGCCCCACGUUUGUUAUGCUACAACCCCUCCAGACAGCAAUAAUGCAAUAGCAUUGGGGAAGUGUUGCAGAACAAACUAGAGCAGGAUAAAUCCACCGCUGGUUCUCUACUGUGUCAAUGACAUGUUGCAGAAUAUACCCACUGCAACAGAACACCAAUAUGCAGGGGCCCAGAGUACAAGCCAGCUUCCUGUGUUCUCAAAUUACCGGCAAGAAGGGAUUUGCAAGUGGAAACAUGCAAGUUCCAAACUUUUUGCUCAUGAUGCAAACGUUGUAAUAUUAGAGGAAUCUUGUGGCUGGUUUGGAAAACCUCAAGAGAAAUGGUAUAUUGGCUUCAGCAAGCAAACUGUUCCAGGGAAGAAGGGGCUGACAAUCCAGUUCCCAAAAGUCAAGAAGAGACAAAUGUAUUUUAUCUGGCGACACAAAGUCUGCUCAAAAAAGCACUUGGAGGAAGUGAAACCCUUUGCAAGUUUUCGGAGUGUAAAAAGAAAGAAUGUGAAUGAAAUGGAAGGAAAGGGGCAGAUGAGAAGUACUGUAGCCAUCUUUUCAAUGAUGCAGGGAAGCUGCCGUUUUUGGGGUCAGAUCAUUGGUUCAUCUAGUUCAGUACUGUCUACACAACCUGCUCAUCUCCCCCUUGAGUUGAGCAUGUCCUACACACAACUCAAAGCCACCAGUGCCCAGCAUCAACUGCCUGAGGCAGACACCUCACUGUGCCUAAUUAUAGGACUGGCCCUGAGGUGGUGUUUCAUAAAUUAUAAUCAAUAAAUGUCACCUGGUAUCAUGCAUGCUUGCAAUGAGAAUGCAGUGAUGUGAGCUUAGAUAGACCACCACUUCCACACCUGAUAAAACAAUGCAGCUGCAACCCCAUCACACCCAUGAUUCAUCAAAAUCUGGGCAGGUUAAGGUAAUCCCAAGAAUAAAGGCUCCCAUAGUAUUUAGAUGUAUUGUGAUAUACCAGGGUCCUCCAGAUAUUGCUGACUACAGCUCUCUUCAUUUCUUAGCACUGGUCAUGCUAGCUGAGCCUGAUGGCAGUUGGAGGCCCACAAUAGCUCACCACCCACAAAUUUCACGUCCCUUCAAUUAACUGAUUUCAGUGUGUCCUCACUCUGUUUAUGGCCCUUCAUGUUGAACCAUCAGACUUUGGAGGCCCGUAAAACUCCAGGCUGGUUCAGACAUUGCCAAGAGGUGCAGAAAGAUGGCAGGUGAGAGACUUGUGCUUCGGUUUCUUCUCUUAAUGUAAUAUAUUUAGUUAUUAGUUCAGUUAAAUUGAUUGUUUGUAGGCUGUUUUCCCAAAAAAGCUGCCUAAAAUACCACACACCCUUUGCUAUUUUACACUGCUGUUUAUUUAUAUGCUGCCUUUUGACCAAAAAAAAGGCCACCAAGGCAGCUCAGAAAGAGUAAACAAAUACAUGCAAAUACAAUAAUGCAAAUGCAAAAGUGAUACGAUUCAAAGCAAAAUCUUAACAUUUCAAAAGUAUUCAAAACCCAGCAUAUCUGUGUUCCUGCCAAAAAGAAAUACUUAAGCAGCAGCUUUGCCUUAUAAGGGUCAGUGAGAGCCAGUGUGGUGUAGUAGUUAAGAGCGGUAGUCUCGAAAUCUGGGGAACCGGGUUCGCGUCUCCGCUCCUCCACAUGCAGCUGCUGGGUGACCUUGGGCCAGUCACACUUCUCUGAAGUCUCUCAGCCCCACUCACCUCACAGAGUGUUUGUUGUGGGGGAAGAAGGGAAAGGAGAUUGUUAGCCGCUUUGAGAUUCCUUCGGGUAGUGAUAAAGCGGGAUAUCAAAUCCAAACUCUUCUUCUUCUUCCCAGGCAGGGGGAGUGGGGCAAGGCAGAUAGAAAAUCUGCUUGAAGGCUCUUUUGGAAUUUUCUGCGGAAUAUGUGGUGAUUGCCACCCAAUGGAUAGUUGUAAGGGAUGGGUAGAAAAGUUCAAGGAGGAGGAGGCUAUCAUUGGCUACUAGUUUUGGUGGUGAUAUACUACAGUGGUACCUCAGGUUAAGAACUUAAUUCGUUCUGGAGGUCCGUUCUUAACCUGAAACUGUUCUUAACCUGAAGUACCACUUUAGCUAAUGGGGCCUCCCGCUGCCACCACACUGCUGCCACGUGAUUUCUGUUCUCAUCCUGAAGCAAAGUUCUUAACCUGAAGCACUAUUUCUGGAUUAACGGAGUCUGUAACCUGAAGUGUCUGUAACCUGAAGCAUCCGUAACCUGUGGUACCACUGUACCACCAAACUUAGAGGUGGCAUGCUACUGAAUAGCAGCUGCUAGGGAGCAACAGUGUGAGAGGGCUAUUGUCCUCAUGCCCUGCUUCCCAGAGGCAUCUGAUUGGCCAUUGUUGGAAGCUGGAUGCUAGACAAGAUAGGCCUUCAGGUGCAUGGGGAGAGUUUCAUUGGAAAGAUCCCAACAACAUCUGUAGUCAUUGUUUGUAUUGCUUUACAGGGCUUUCUUCCACAGAUAUGGCAAGAUGCUGCCUUCUCCUUCUUUCUUUGACGCUGGUUCCCACUAGUGCUCAUGGAGAAGAUUUCACAAGGACUGCUGUUAACAGCAAUAUUAACAAGCGCAUAAAGAGAGAGUGGAUCUGGAAUAAAAUGCAUAUUAUCGAAGAACACAAUGGGACUCUACCACAUCAUGUUGGGAGGGUAAGAAUAUAUUUGUUGAAUUUCAGUCCUGCCCAUCCUCCCAAAUGAAUGUAAUUUUUACCCUGUUCUUUUACAAUUAACGAUUGAUGAACCAUCAAUUCAUAGUUCAGUUGUAAAGGAUGUGCUUUAUAUGCAGAAAGGCAUAAGUACAAUUCCCGGAGUCUCCAGUUGAAAGAAACUAUCAACGGCUACUAGCUAGGAUGGCUAUGUUCUGCUUCCACGGCCCAAGGCACUUGCUGUGAAUACUGUUGCAUGAAGGUCUUGCUUUUGGGUUGGCCUCUGCAAGAACAGGAUACUGGAUCAGAUGGGUCAUUGGCUCUUCUUAUGUUCUUACAAGCAGGUAACUAGUGACGAGGAAGAUCUCCGCCUAUGAGUUGCAGAGUUGAGAUAGAUUGACAAAUUGUCCAGCGUGGUAUGAAGUAGCUUCCUAUGUUUUUCCAAAUUCCUUAUCAUUUCUAUGGUCUGCCUGUGUGCCAGCCUCUCAUCCAACCGGUGGCUGCUGUUGCUGAAUGCCAGCUCAACUCUGAGAAGACCUCGCUCACUCAUGAUCUGAUUAUGGAUGAGGAGGCCAAUCUGGUCUGUAUCACUGAAACCUGGGUGUUCCCCUGUGUAUUCAGUGCAGUAUCAGGGAGGGGGAGUUGCUGUGGUCUAUAGAGAUUCUCUCUCCCCCUUCAAACUUUCUGUCCAGUUGGGGAGGGGGAGAGAUCUAGGUUGUGUGUUCCUGGCCCUGGGCAAUUGGGACAGAUUGGAGAUUCUGCUGGUUUACUGCCUGCCUCACGGAAGUUCAGUCCACAGAAGGCUGAGGAACUGUUAGUGGGUGGUUCCCUACACGGGAUGGCUGGGAGGUUGCCUACUCUUGAUGGGGUUGUACUCCGUCUGAAAGAGUGGGUAUGCAGCUUGGGGGUCCUUUUAGAUCCAUUGCUGUUGCUUGAGGCUCAGAUGGCAUUCGUGGCUUGGAGUGCCUUCCAUCAGUUUCAGCUGGAGACACAGGAGCACCCCUAUCUUGACAGGGAUAGCCUAAUGUCUGUCGUCUAUGCUCUGGUAACCUCUAGGUUAGAUCACUGUAACACAUUAUACAUAGGGCUGCCUCUGGAGAUGGUUUGGAAACUUCAGCUGGUGCAGAAUUCAGUGGCCAGGCUUCUCAUUAGGGCAAGACAGUUUGAGCAUAUAAAACCAAUCCUGACCCGGCUGUAUUGGCUGCCAAUUAGUUUCUGGGCCCAAUUCAAAGUGCUGGUUUUGACCUAUAAAGUCUAAAAUGGCUCAGGACCGCAAUGCCUCAAGAAUGUCCUCUCUCCAUAUGAACCAAGACUGAGAUCAUCCUCUGAAGCCCUUUCUCACGUGCCUCCUCAACGAGAGGUCUGGAAAGUGGCAACACAUGAACAGGCCUUUUCUGUGGUGGCUUCCCACUUGUGGAAUGGUCUCCCAAGGGAGGCUCACCUGGUACCUUCCUUAUAUAUCUUUACGUGUAAGGCUAAAACAUUCUUCUCCCAGGCCUAUGGCUAAUUAAACAAUUUAUGGCCUUUUAAACUGGGUGGGAAGGGAUAUUGCUUUUGUUUGUUACUAUGUUGUGCAUUUUUGUGUUUAUAUAUUGGAAACAGCAAGUGAUUUUCAGAUGAAGGGCAGUAUAGAAAUUUAAUAAAUAAAUAAAAUAAAUAGAAAUAGAAAUUAUUCAGCAAACAUUAAACAAGUAGUGCACACCACAGCAGUUCCAGGAAAUUAUUUUGCCCAUGAAUCUACAUGAAAGUACCUAAAGCCAUGAAAGCUGGCAAUCUAUCAUUUUCUAUGAAGCCCUAGUAUUAUAGCACUAUGACUUUUCUGCAAAGCUUAGGUGCAUUUGCGGGUCUGAGAGCUAACACAAGCAUGUUGAGAAGGAAUCAGAUAUAUGCUGUUCCUUUCUUGGAAGACGAACGAGCGAACAUACAAAGGAAGGAACUCUCUUUGGGGACAAUACCAGGAAAAGAGAGGAAGCUUCGCCAUGUCCUACAGAACAAGCUCACAUUAGCAGACAGUACUUGUUGCAGUACUCACAGCCUGUCAGGCAAAUGCACUGAUCCAGAAAGGUCCCCUUCACUUCACUAUGACAGCCUGACAGAACCCUGCUAACAUCCAGGGAGAUGAAAACAUACAGCUGCCUCCAUCAAGGACACCAUCAAACUCAGCAAUGAACACCAUCUGAAAAGCUUUGCCUGAGUCACAUGCAGUCAAUCGAGGGGAUUUCAUAAUGUACUGUUCCAUUGACUAUAUUGUUGUAUGCCACCCCUAUCUCCAAGCGGGAUGAGACUCUAAGGGUUCCAGGCAGCUUACCCAGGGUUUGUGUUUUCUUUUGGAAAUAAGGCACAGCAAAGACUUUGGUGUCCUUAUAUAAAUAUGGUUUAUUUACACAUAUAUACAACCUGAGCAAUGGGUUUUAUAAGUCCCUGGCCAUUGGCUAGGCUUCCUAUGGCUUCUGGGAGUUGUAGUUCAGCAACAUCUGGGGACUGUGUUCCUAGGAUUCCUUACUGACUGUCCCAAUUUUGUUCUGCUUUCACAUUUUAAUUCUUAUUUACAGACUUUGUUGUACUUUUUAGAUCACAUCAACCAUCAGGAAUCCCAAUGCUAAAUACGUUCUUGAAGGGGAAGGUGCUGGGACUCUGUUUAGAGUCGAAGACAGCACUGGAGAUGUGUCUGCAAAUGAGAGGUUGGACCGAGAGAAGAAAGCUGAGUACCACUUGAAGGCUCACAUUCUUGACCGUUUCACCAAUAAGUCAUUGGAACAACCCUCCGUGUUUCGUAUCAUAGUCUAUGACAUCAAUGACAAUGCCCCAGUUUUUGUACAAAAAGUGUUUAAUGGUUCUGUCUUGGAAAUGUCACCACUAGGUAAGCUCAUCUCUCUCUUUUAAAAAAUGCUACUGUGCUUGCAUGCAAAAAAAGGGUACCUUAGGAGAAACUAGGCAUGGGGAGUCACUUUCUGCCCAAGGGACAGAUUCAAACCUAGCCAACCUAGGACCCUAGAAGUUGUUUCUCUGCCCAAUAGCAGGCAAGGCGAGAAGUGAAAAGGGAGGGGCAGAAGUCAGCAGGUUGAAAGGACAACGAAACAAAAAGACCAGCAAAACAUUUUUUUAAAAAUGCAGAUUUUUUAUUACUUUUUUAUUUUAUUUUUAUGUAUUCUGCAAACAUUUUACAUAUUCUUAAAUUUAAGUCUCCUUUAAGGCUUAGUCUUUAAAGCAUCUAAAAUGAAUGUAAGAUACAUAAAAUGUUAAUUUUAAUCAGGGGAAAGCCACAGAUAACGUGGAAAGUGACAGGACAAAUGAAAAUGAUAGAUGGGUAACAUCAAAUGAUGUCACAUGAUUGGCAAGUGGGCAGAAUUUGCUAGAAAUGGGUUCAGAGGCCGGAGGUUUCCCACCACUAAUAUAAAUGAAAAGAAGCAUAGAUCAUCCAGUUGCAGUAAGAAAGCUAACUCUCCCUUAGUUUCUUACGCUGAAUACUUGCAGAAACAGACCAUGGCUCAGAGCCACUCUAGUCAUGUGGAGCUAGCCGUGUGCAGUGAUUUAUGACCCUGGAUGGAGGUUCAAGAGACAUCUAGCCAGCUCAGCCAAGCCCAGAUUAGCACUUAGAUGCAUAAUGUUCUUUGAGAGCUUACACACACACACACACACACACACACACACACACAGAGUACCCACCCUAGAACCCUGGUCUGUAAGCAACCUCUCCCUUCUCUUAGUUAACCCUUUCCAUCCUUGACUCGCCACUUGUAUGGCUAGCCCCAGAAUAGCUUCCUCUUUCACCAAGCCUUUUAAGCUGAUAUCUGUCCCAGUCUACAUCUGCAUUGGAAUUGUUUUAAAGAUAUUUUUAUUGUUUCAUCACUUGUUUGUCACCCUGGGCUCCUUUGGGAGGCAGAGCAGGCUAUACAUUUAUUUGAUUGUUUAAUUGAGCAUUCUUAUUAUAACCAGUGUGGAAUAGUGAACUAGAGUUCUGGACCAAGAGCCUGGGGGGGAAACUGUGUACACUUACAUGGCCUUGAGUGCCUUGGAGCAAAUGUAGGAUAGAAAUGUCCUAACAGCAGCAGCAUUAAAUAGGAGGGUUCAAAGUGGUGAAGAAGGAAAAGGUUUGUCUCAGGAGAGUCGAUUUUUCACACCUCUUUAAGCAGAUUCAUCACAGUUCUUGUUGGCAGUUUUUUACAUGAACAGAAUCUAAACACUAAUAAUUAAGUAUCAUUUUUUGGUAACAAUCUCUCUGUCUCCCCCCCCCCCCCACUUGCUCUCUCUCUCUCUCUAGGAACAUCAGUCACCAAAGUGACAGCUGUAGAUGCUGAUGACCCCACAAUUCUUGGCAAUACUCGUGUUUCCUACAAAGUUAUUCAGGGAAACCAAUACUUCAAAAUAGAUGAUACUGGUAGGUAUGAUAUCAAUAAAUCAGCUGGUGAAAAGUAAUCCUGCCAGACUCAACUCCUCCCAGUUCAGGAAAGCUAGUCCUGGGAAGUCUGAGAUCUAUAAGUAGAACAAAGCACUUUAUUGCUCACGCUAACAGGCAAGCCUGAGUAGAAAACUUCUGUGAAGAAGGCAGGCCACACCACAUCAUCUGUCAAGUCAGCUUGUUGAUCUGUCAACCUUUGAGAACUUUCAGACUCACUGUGAAAUAAUAUGCUUCUGCAUACCCACCUGCUGAGUCUUCCAAGCAAGCAGAAACCAAUGCCUUUUUGACAGGAGUGCCAACUUGGCCCUGCAAACAUGGGUGCCUGGGGCUGUGAGUGCCAUGCAGUGUGCAUGGCCCUGGCACUGAAAUUGUGGGUGCCCAGCCCCUUCGUGGGGAAUUUUGUGGGAGCUCAGGCACUCAGGGCCCCAGGGAGUUGGCACCAAUGCUUUCUGAUGGUCCCAUUUAGCUUCCAAACCAAUAGAUAUGAAACCACCAAAGUUUGGGAUUAGAAGGAUCUUUGAAAAGUUCAAAGGAUUUCUCACCCCCUCAUCUGCUGAUGAGGAGCAAACAACGACAGCUGGCUUUUCUAGAUUUGAAGCAGAUAGGUAGGUAGACCACACCACACAUAAAGUUUACCUUGGAAGGAUGGAAAGGGAGAAGAGAGGACUGCUUUGGAGAAGACUGCUGGGCAACCAAAACUGGCAAGUAGUGAUCUGAGGGAGGGAGUCAAAAUUCUGUUAACUGUUUUUAAAAUUAAAAAUAAAGGCAAAAUGAAAGGCAAGCAGUAGAAAUUUAGGUUAUACAGAUUAAUCUAAUAGUAAAAAAAAUAAAUGUUGAGGUGAUAGAUGAGGCAGAUGCUUGUUUAGCUUUCUUCUUUUCUUUUACAGGAACAAUCUACACAGCUGUACCGGAUUUGGACAGAGAAAAAACCCCUGUUUAUACAAUUGUGGUAGAAGCAGUGGAUGGCCACGGUCUACACUCAGAAGAAUCAGGCACUGCUACAGUCCGUAUCUCACUGACUGAUAUCAACGACAACUUCCCAACAUUUAGGAAAAGUUAGUUUUGUGAAAUCAAUGAAUUAAAUUUAAUGAAGCCAUCUGCUCCUAACUCAGUUGAUGGAAAUUGCAUUCAGUUGAAUGUAAUGCAGUGUGGGUUCUAAAUCUGACUAGAUAUUUAGAACAUUUGUAUAUUCCAUGACAGCAUGUCAGACCACUGAUGCAUCCAGUACAGCAUGUCUACACUGGCUGGCAGUGGCUGUCCAGCGUUUCCAAGCAGGGCCACUGCAUACUGCUAGGCAGAGUAGACAGUAUUAAGCUAGAUGAAUCAAUGAUCUGACUCCUUCUAUGGGUGUUAUGCAAUUCUACUUUUACUCAGAGUAGAUCCAUUGAAGUUAAUGGACACGCCUAACUUAAAUUCAUUAAUUUCAGUGGGUCAGCUCUGAGUAGGACUAAGUUGGUUACAGCCCUGUGUUCCUUGAAGCUAACACAGCCUUCUGUCCAUGCCACCAACUGACACACCAUCCUUUCCCAUUCAUUCAGUGGAAAAAAAGAAUGAAUGGGUGGGUCUACAGCAAACAGUUAGAUUUACACACAGAAGCUACAGUUUAGGGCCUCAAAUUAGAACGGGUAUCUAAAUACAAAAAUAUUGAAUUUCAAGUUUUACAUAACUGGUUAAAAAUAAACAGGCAUAUUGCAAAUGGGGAUGUAAGAAGGCUGCACUUUAUGUUGUGAUCUGUAUUUGUCACAAUCAGUGCUGUUUCAAUUCUGCUGAAGUUUGGUUUCUGCCAAAUAUUCUGUUAUUCAUCACGUUGUCCAUUAUUUAACGUAUGUUAUACUCCAGGGGCACCCUGUUUCCAACAGCUGAUCCCGAUGCAGCCCCUUAGCCAAAAGGAUACCCAGGCCUCAGAGCAUGAAAACACUCAAGAUGGCCACACAUAAGGCCAAUGCCACACAAUUUAGUGAUAAAAACUGAAACGAGCAAGAUGAUCCUUUUGUUAGCAAGAACAUAUGUUCUAAUUUUCCUUUUAUUCCAACGUACUUUUAUUUGUUUGUUUUCCAGAAAACUUCCAUUUUGAAGUCCCUGAAAAUACCAGGUUAGACGGUGAAGUUGGUAGACUGGAAGUUGAAGACAUUGAUGAGCCACAGAACAGAAAUACAAAGUACAGUUUUGUCCAAGGACCUUAUCAAGAUACCUUCAGAAUAGAACCAAACCCGUUCACAAAUGAAGGAAUAAUCAGACCUAAGAAGGUAUGGUGAUGAUCAGUGUAUCAUUGUUUACAUCGUGGGUGGGGAAUCUUUGUGAGCCCAAGAACUACCUUCCCUUAAUUUUCCAGAAGCACGUGCCCAUGGUUGGUGGGGCCAGUACAAAAGAUGGAUGGGACAACCACUUUCUCACACACAUCCAUUCAUACAUCUAGACACGUCCAGUAUACCCAAAGGAGUGUCUCCAACCCCAUCGUUCAGCCCGGUCACUGAGGUCCAGCUCUGAGGGCCUUCUGGCAGUUCCCUCAAUGCAAGAAGUGAGAUUACAGGGAACCAGACAGAGGGCCUUCUUGGUAGUGGUGCCCACCCUGUGGAAUGCCCUCCCAUCAGAUGUCAAGGAAAUAAACAACUAUCUGACUUUUAAAAGACGUCUGAAGGCAGCCCUGUUUAGGGAAGUUUUUAAUGUCUGGUGUUUUAUCUUUUUUAAAAAUUAUUAUCAUUAAUUCUGUUGGAAGCCACCCAGAGUGGCUGGGCAAACCCAGUCAGAUGGGCGGGGUAUAAAUAAAUAACUAUUAUUAUUAUUAUUAUUAUUAUUAUUAUUAUUAUUACCCACUCUCACACAACAGGCUAAUAAUUGACUAAAUAAAUCUACAAAACUUCCAGAAGAGUUUGCAAGAGUUUCCAUUAAAUUCCAGGUUCAUUCCAAAAUGCACUUUGCAGACCAGAAAUAUAAAUAUAACUCUCUCCAUAGGAGCAGGGCCACAGCUCAGUGGUAGAGCAUCUGCCUUGCAUGCAGACGCCUCGGGUUCAAUAUCCAACAUCUCCAGGUAGCACUGGGAGAGACCUCAGUCUUAGACUCUGCAGAGCUGCUGCCAGUCAGUGUAGAUAAUAGUGACCUAGCUUCCUGUGUUCCUAAAUAUAAAAAAUAUGUUCAUUGUAUACACAGUGUCCCUUUUUAUUGUGUACUGAUAAUGUUCGCGUGUGUGUUUUUAGCCACUGGACUUUGAGAAGGUAUCCUCCUACAAGUUUGAUGUUGAAGCAACUGAUGCCGACAUUAACUAUGCAUAUUCCAGAACGAAAGGAUCCAAGAGUAUUGCAAGUGUAACAAUCAAAGUUCUCGAUGUUGAUGAACCACCUGUCUUUUCCCAACCUUUCUAUAUAUUUGAAGUUCAAGAAGAAAGUGACAUCAAAAAGGUUAUCGGAUCUGUGUCGGCACAUGACCCAGAUAGAGCAAAACGGGAAAUAAGGUAACAGAAAGUUUCUUCUGUACCCAAAAGGUGCUUAGUCAACUGAGUUUGCAUUCCUUGCAACAACACUUUAUCCACAAUACAGCCCAUGAUAAUGUGUUGAAGAACUGAUUUUUUAUACUGUAUAAUGCAGCGAUGAAGAGCCUAUGGCCCUCCAGAUGUUGUUAAACCAGAGGCAUAGCAUGGGCAGGGCCAAUGAGGCCAUGGCUCCAGAUGCACAUUUCUGAUGGGGAGCAACUAGGCGCCCCCAUGACAUGUGGCCGGGCCUUUGGGGCUGGGGCAGUGGCAGAGCCUCCUUCUCGUGGUCGCAAAGGGACUCUGGCGCAUGCCCUGCCCCUGAGCUGGCCGUGAGGGAUGGAGAGAGCACCAUGCCUCAUGUUCUCCUUCGCUGUCCAAUGACUCAUCCCCCAGCCCCAACUCUGUCUCUGCCUUGGCUCCUCCUCAGAUACUACUUUGAUACCAUUUCUUUAUGCACCCAACACAGAUAUCACAUCCUGAGAUCCAAUUAUUUCAAAAUAUCCACCAAGGGACAUAUUUUUGCCUUGAAGCCUUUGGACAGGGAAGAAAGUGCCUGGCAUAACAUAACUGUGGCAGCCAAUGAACUGGAGCAAGACAGUAAGUAUGAACUGGUGUCACUAGGGAAUCUGACAAGAGUGAGGCCCCCAGCCAUUCCCUCUUCUUUGCAGAUUGCAAUAAGCAGGCAAAAUACAAGUCCUCCCUCUUUGAACCUUUUUGCUGUUGUAUCCAUGCCGUGAAAGCCAUUCUUCAGUGGGGACCAUCCCAAGGCCUUGUGCCAAGUGGAUGGCACCGAUCAUGAGGGUCUUACUAUCUGAUUCACUCCCCCACUCCUCCAAUCCUGUCAAGGAUAUGAUUUUAUGUUAAAAACACAUAUUUGCAUGAUAAUACAGCAUCACGGAAUGCAGGGAGGGAGGGAGGAAUUCAAAUCAGUUCACAUUUAAAGGUGUAUCUAAUUACCUAGUUCGCACUUUCCUAAACUAUAGCUAUACAGCCAUCCUUCGAAAUUCACAGUUGUUUGAAAUUUGCAAUGCGGGUUUCUCACCAAGACAUGCUUAUAAAAAUGCAUAGAGUAGAGUGAGCAUAAAAAAUGUGUGUAUUGGUGACAAUGCCAUACAAAAACAUGUUAUAUUAGGGGAAAUUGCUUUGAAAAAUACAUACAUUAGGGGAAACUGUAUACAAAAAUGUGCAUAUCAGGAGAAAUUUGCACUAAAAUACUGGUGAAUUUUCAUGAGAACAUUAUUGGAGGGGGGAAUCACAAACUGAUGUAGAAAUGUGGAGAGCUGGACUUUAGACUGGAAAAAUUAGAAACUGACAGAAACCAAAACUGAUAGAUUUGCCCGUCCCUACGUGGAAUGAACCAUCUGAAAAGCAGAUUCCUCAGCUCUCUGCAAGUUGCAUCCAAUGGAUAUUAGAAUUGGAUACAACCCUAUGUGAGCCAAAACCCUGCUUUUUAGGAUUCCAGAUCGCAUGAAGAUAGCCCUAAGCGAACAAUUGUGCAUUACACGUGGCAGUUCUCUGCAGACAUUCUUACAUGUCUCAGAGUUGAGGCCAGCCAACCAGGUUCCUCCACUCUGAUUCACUCACCGCACUGAUGUGGUGUGAAUACUGGUUGCCUCUAUUUGAUUUCAGAUGGAUGCCUGAUUGAUAAAUCUGUGAUUUUCUUCUUGCUUCAGGAAUUGUGCCCAAUCUAGAAUCCCACGUACCAGUUUACAUUAAAGUUACUGAUAUAAAUGACAAUGCACCAGAAUUUGCUGAUGUUUACAAUCCUAAAGUGUGUGAAAAUGCCGCACCAGGAAAGGUAAAGUAUCAGAAUCAAACUGCUUUUACUACUCAGCUGCACAGACCAGCAAUCCUUGCCAGCCUAGGAAGUUGGAUGGGGAAGUUUCCAGAUUGCUCCACAUUUUGGAUUGAAUCUUCCCAUUUUGCCCCCCUUAAACCUAUGUGCAAAUCAGAACAGUGAUCUGCAGAUAUAUUCUCAGAAAAUAUUUCCCAAAAUUAAACCCCUUAUUAAGGAAAUGCCUUUGGGGUUCUUCAACUCCAAGAGUAUCAUUAUUAAAAAUGCAACUGCAAAUAAAACAAGGAGGAUUUGGUAUUAUAUCACCAAGCUUAUUUAUUGACAAAUACUAGAAACUUGAAACCCAAAAUUAGUGAUAACUUCCCAACCUGGGCAACCCUAGAAUAUAGAUGUAUCUUAUGGACUGCACUAGGAUCACAAUAUGUUAAAACCCUGGAUUCUCCUGAAACAAGAUUGUCAGCUAGAAAAUAUGGAACACAAUGAUUUUCCUAUGAAACACACGAUUUUCCUAUGCUAAACUGACUUUGUGGGGAAAUCCCACUUUAAAAAUCAGGGUGGGGUGGGGAAUGGUAAUAUGAAAGAACAGGAUGGAGGCAAGCAUAUUGACUUUAGGCCAAUUAAUAGGUGAGAAUGAUGAAUUUUAUACUUGUGCUGUAUUAAACUAAAAACACCACCUAUUUGAUUCAGCCCAGUGGCAAUAUUUGCAGCUGCACCAUAUGCUAACAUCUUUAUUUGGACCGGCAGCUUUUACAGCAUCUAAUACACCUAAGAUAAUAAAACAAUUGGUUAAAUCCUCUCAGACUAAAAAGCUGGUGAAUGUUUUCCACAGAUACCUGGUCUCAAUUAAUCAAUUUGACAUACAGCAUCUGAGAAAUGAAUAGAAUAAAGAAUUGGAGGUUCCUAUUUUACCUAAGCAGUGGGACAAUAAUUUAGCUUCUAUAGUUAAUGUUUUAUACAACAAAAAAUAACAUUAAGAAUCUAUUGCCCUUAGUUUCAAAACUGUUUAUUUCAUAUUGUAUCACAAUUUCAAGUAGUUUUAUAUUUUUCUUUAAUAUUUGCUUUUGUUUUGUUCCUUUUCUUUUACUUUAUUUUCUCACUGAAAAUUUUCGAUAAAAUAUAACUAAGAAAAAACUGAUCUGCAGAUGAAGCCACAUAAUCAACAACUGUACUUAUGAGGUGCUUCAAGGACUGGCUUUUUCUUCUUUUUAACCUUUUUAACCUGUUACACUGCUCCACAAAAGCCCGUGGCUGUGUGGUACAAUAUAUUUUUCAAAUUGCUCCCAGGGAGUGACUGUACCUCAUAACAUGAAGUCUCUUCCUGGGCAAUUGUUUGAGGGAAAAGAUGGCCCUGUGUAUUCACGACAACCUUUUCAAUUCCUGUAGACUGUUAUCAUGAUUUCUGCUGUGGACAAGGAUGAAAUGUCACCAGGAGUGAAAUUCAGGUUUUCCUUGGUGUCUGAAGAGAGCAACUUCACUCUAAUUGACAAUCACGGUACGUUUCUGUGGAUUUCAUGAGGUGGCAAAAAGGAAACAUUGUGUGAAUGUUAACUAGCCAUGCUCCAAAUACAGCUUCAUGGUUUGCUUGUCCCUAUUUAUAAAUUAUUUAGGGCUGUCUAUAUAUUGUAUUGUAUAUAUUGUAUAAUCAUUUAUAGAACAUUUCUAAACGGCCAGCUCAUUCAAAACUAUCAUGGUGAUGUACAACACAAGCACUAAAACAUCACAAAAUUAAAAAAUACAGAACAAAUGACCAACACUGAAUCAAACUGAUGCUCUAAAACUGCUAAUUUCCCAAAACAAACCACUCCUGUAUAGAAGAAAUCUUGAUGACUCCUGGCCACCCAGACAUUUUCUGGGUUCCUUAAAAGAUUACUUUGCCUCAGGAGCCUCAGGAGCCUCAGGAGCAGACUGCUGGCAUUCCUACAAGGCAAUCACCAUUUGAGAUUAUCACUUAAUGAGACGCUAUUGCCUUCCUCAGAUAGCACAGCGAAUGUCACCGUCAAAUACGGACAGUUUAAUCGGGAACUAGUCAAAACCCAUUACUUGCCUAUCAUCAUCUCUGACAACGGCUCACCCCAGCAGAGCAGCACAAACACCCUUGCCAUCCAUGUCUGCAAGUGCAACGAGGAAGGGGACUUCACUUUCUGCGAAGAGCCAGCAAAACAAAUGGGAGUCAGCGUCCAAGCACUACUUGCCAUCUUGGUCUGCAUCCUCACCAUCAUUGGUAAAUCUACUCAAAAAUAUUCACAUUUCUGGCCUUCCCAGGGGAAAUGGGGAAAGGGGGAAAGACCCCUUUUAUUACAUAUAAGGAACAUAAAGGGGUGGCAGAAAGGGAUAUGAAAAUGGAGUAAUUUUGCUCUUUAAGGUCAUGCGGUAGCAACCAUUUUUCAGAGAUGGUUACUUCUCCCACCUUGCCAAACCUCAGGUUGAAUCAGGUUACGUUUUCUAUUCAGCCACAUGCUUGUUUUGCUUCUCCAUUCUGCAACUAAUUUAUGAUUUGUUUGCAGUGAUUAUGGUGCUAAUAGUUAUGAGGAAGCGACACAGGAAAGACCUGAACAUUCUCAGGAAGAACGUGACGGAUAUCCACGAGCAGCUGGUGGCCUACGAUGAAGAAGGUGGUGGUGAAAUGGACACCACCAGCUACGAUGUGUCAGUCCUCAACUCAGUCCGCCAGACCAGCAUGAGGUCACCCAGGAUGACCAUGGAGAACAGGCCUUGCGUGUACUCCCGUGUACAAAAGCCCCCAGGAAAUGGGAUCUCGGGCACUGGAGAAAUGGGCAUUAUGAUUGAGAUGAAAAAAGACGAAGCUGACAACGACGGGGAUUUGCUGCCAUAUGACACUCUCCACAUAUAUGGUUAUGAAGGGGCUGAGUCCAUUGCAGAAUCCUUAAGCUCUUUGGGAUCAGGAUCCUCAGACUCUGACAUCGACUAUGAUUUUCUGAAUGACUGGGGUCCCAGGUUUAAAAUGCUGGCGGAGCUUUAUGGGCUGGAACCCAGUGAAGAUCUUCUGUAUUGAGCGUUCUGUAUUGACAGGUUCCCCCAGCCUUAGCCACAGACAAUGUGGCUAAGAAAAUGUUGGUUCAGAAGACGGAACCAACUAGCAAUUCCUGCAUUCCCAAUACCUAAAUCAGCUCAACAUACUUUUUUCUGAGCAGGUUUACAUGACCAGGAUGAUAGACAGCAAAAGCGAUGACUUUUGAGCACUUCAGAAGGGACUCCAUGAGCAUACUAAUGCAUCCUGCACAUGAGGGAGGACCCUGAUUGGGCCACAUAGAGUCCUUUCUGGUGCACUCUGACACAUGUAUGAACAGCAAGGGCAGGGCUAGAUCCCAAGGCACACACACAUUUCAAAGUGUGGCUCUUUCCCAGCCAAGCAUUAAUGAUCCUUUCUUGCUUAUUUUAGUUACUUAGAAUAUCUGCCCUUUUAAGUCAAAACCCACCCAUGAUUCUGGAAGGAACAAUUUCUGGGACUUCAGGGAGUGCAAAUUUCCUAGUCUCAAGUGUAGGUUUCAUUUGAUUGCAACUUCCAUUAUGCAUGUAUAUACAGGCUAACUUUUUAUUCAUUUUUAAAUGCUUUUUUUUUUUUUCAAACACAGCUGAAGAAAUUCAGCUGCAUCAGGGAACUUUUCCAAGUUACAAGCCUCAUUAACUGUGAAACUAUCUUAACACUUUUCUUCUUGCUGGUGCCCCCCACCCCUUCUUCCAGGUACUGUAAACAUGGAUAUUUCAAGCAUUUGAUGCUUCCAAAACACCAAUAGGAGAUUCAUCACUGAUUUGACCUUUCCAAAACUAGCCUAGACCUUUUCCAGGUGCUGUGUUGCCUGUUAUCCAGUGGAGGCUGGUGUCCAUUGAGACUGGAAGAGCAGAAGAUAAGGAGGCCAACAGUAGGGGGCACUAAAGCGAGUGAUAGGAGGGGCCAACUAAUUCUAGUUUUGUCCCUAUUCUCCUCUCUGCUGAGUUAGACAAUGGCAGCUCUGAGACUAAGGAUGAGGAGGCUGACAGCCUGUGCUACCUCUUGGACCUGUGAGGAAGUAGGUAGGUGGGGACCAGCUGAGGACAGGCUGAACUUGGAGGGGACAGUGCCCCACUUGCCCCAGUGGACUAGUCUCCAUUGCUGUUACCUCCUCCCCCAGUCUACAUUACAACUGUGCCCUGAUAUCUACUGCUUCUUCAUCCGCCGAGUUCCUCCCCCCCCCCGACCAUCCCCAUUCUUCUGUUUACCAUGUUGUCUAAUGAAGACUUCUUUUUGAAAAACUCCAAAUCUUCCCACCUAUUGUGUGAUAUUUUGGUUGCCCUGAUACAGAUUUUCUUGUUUUCUAAUGGGCCAGCAUGACUACCUUUACUUUUUCUGUGAGCAGGGUAUACUCAUUUUCACUAGCAUGCAAAAUCCAAACUAUACAUAUAAGUAUGGUUCUACUAAAUAAUGUAUUGCUAUUAUUUGUUUAACAAAAUAUUCCUACUAAUGAAAGUAGUUGGGUGUAAUUAAUGUAUGUGAUGUUUAACCAGUGAGGUUAACUAUAAAAUCAUUUAAAGCUAUUGUAAGGCAAUUGUAAACGAUAUCCAGUUUUUAAAGUGUCCUAUGAUCCUUGUAUUUUGUAAUCUGUUUGUGUUAAAAGCUACUCUACUGUACAUCAAUGGUUUUUGCACUGGAUAGUUUCAUUUCCUAUUUAAGUUGUAUGUAUGUAUGUUGUGGAUGGGGAGGGUUACUUACAUAAAAGCCAAAUUCAUGUAUA